AGGUCCACUCUAUAGAGCUGGCCUAUCGCUGUCAUUGUGUCACCCAUCCAACACGGGAUAACAAGGACCCAGAAUGUUCAGCACAAAGAGGUUGAAGAAGAAGUCCCAGUCAGUGGACAUCCCUGAUGAGGGUUACGCUGGGUCUCUCGUCAAAGACCUGCUGGCAUCACCCCUCAUACAGAAUGUGGCCAGAUCAGCCAUAGGUGAAGAAAAGGAGAUCAAUACCACUAACAUCCAAAAGGCUCGUAGUCCUCGACGUGGAGAGCUCAAGCGAGGCUAUACCAUAGAUACCGGCCAGAAGAAGACGCCGGAGAAGAAGGAUGGAAGGCGGAUGUCGUUCCAGAGACCGAAGGGCACCAUUGAGUAUUCCGUGGAGUCGCGGGACACUCUGAACAGCAUUUCACUGAAGUUUGACACAACUCCCAACGAACUCGUUCAGCUCAACAAACUCUUCUCCAGAAAUGUGGUUCCCGGUCAGGUCCUGUAUGUCCCUGAUCCGGAGUACGUGUCCAGUGCGGGUAGCUCUCCCUCCUUCAGUCCCAGCAGCCCGCUCUCUCCCACCUCCUCAGAAGCUGACCUGGAGAAAGCGACCACGGACUCCAAUGGUCCACCUCGCUCCGAUGCUCCCGCCCCUCCUGUCUUCUCUGCCCUGCGGCCCUCCCGUGUGGUUUCCUCCACCUCGGAGGAAGAAGAGGCGCUGACAGAGAAGUUCCUCAAAAUCAACUGCAAGUACAUCACAGACGGCAAGGGUGUUGUUAGCGGAGUAUUGCUGGUGACCCCCAACAACAUCAUGUUUGACCCUCACCGGACGGACCCUCUUGUUCUGGAGAGAGGCUGUGAGGAGUAUGGCAUCAUGUGUCCACUGGAUGAGGUUCAGUCUGCAGCCGUUUACAGGGAGAUCACCGACAGCAAGAUCCGUGACUCCAUACCACCGGAUCUUGAAGCUGUCUUCUCUGGAAGCUCUCAUCAAACAGAUCAGCGUUACGACAGCGCCAGCACUGCCCCCCGCAGCACCGAGGGCUCCAUCUCAGAGGACGUUUUCACCGAGUCAGAGCUCUCGCCCAUCCGGGAGGAGCGGCAGUCUACGGAGGAGCUACAGCUUGAGGACAAGUCAUCAGGAGCCUCGUCCCAGUCUGUGCAGACCCUUCUCCAGGAACCUCAGAUGGCUGAGGGCAGCCAUACAGACAGAGAGGAGAAAAAGUCAGAGGAGGGAGAACCAGCCAGCGAAACUGCCCAGUCCAAACAUCCCAGCCAGGAACAGCCAAGCACACCCACCAGCAGGGACCACCAGCAACCAUCCCACUGCCAGACUGAAGAAGUCACCCCCUCCUCAAGUUCUCAGAGCUCGGCCCCUGGAGCAGGGGAGGCCCUGGGGCAGGAAAGCAGCCCAGAUGUGGCUAAACUGACCCGAGAUGGUACCCGAGAUUCAGAGACGGAUGUAGAAGAGCUGAGAAAGAUGUGGAAGAGUCACACUAUGCAACAAGCCAAGGAACAGCGAGAGAGUGUCCAGCAGGCCCAGAGAGAGAACGUCCAACAGUCUAUAAGCAGCCAGAGAUUGAGCUCUGCUGAAGGCCUCAUUGUGUCCAAGGAGAGGCAGAAGUCUCACAAGUUUCUAUGUCUACGGGUUGGCAAGGCCAUGAAGAAGACGUUUGUGUCCAACGCUAGCGCCUCCAUGCAGCAGUAUGCACAGCGUGACCGCAAGCAUGAGUACUGGUUUGCUGUUCCCCAGGAGAGGUCAGACCACCUGUACGUUUUCUUCAUCCAGUGGAGCCCAGAUGUUUUUGGGGAUGGAGUAGGAAGCAUCAGCCGUGAUCCUGGCUUCAUCGUGGUGAAGAAAAUCGAGGAGUCUGAGGCAAACGAGGAGCAGCAAACAGUAGACAUUUCAGCUAAAGAGUGGGAGGUAGUGUCAUGGACUGAGUACCACCGCCGGAUCGAUGCGUUAAACAGUGAAGAUCUGCGCUCCCUAUGCAAACGCCUCCAGAUCACCACGAAGGAGGACGUGAACUCCAAACAUGGCUCGUCCAUCACCGCCAGCCUGGAGCCGGAGACUUUCAAGCCCAACCUGAACGAACCCAGUGACCUUCUAGAGGCUGAGCAGAUAGAGAAGCUGGCCAAGCACCUCCCUCCCAGGACAAUCGGCUAUCCCUGGUCUCUGGCGUUCAGCACAUCUAAACACGGCAUGAGCAUCAAGAGCCUGUACCGCGCCAUGCAGGCCCAAGACUCCCCGGUGCUCAUGGUGAUCAAGGACAGUGACGGACAGAUGUUUGGAGCUCUCGCGUCAGAGCCAUUUAAAGUCAGCGACGGCUUCUAUGGCACCGGAGAGACAUUCGUUUUCACCUUCUGCCCAGAACUUGAGGUAUUCAAAUGGACUGGUGACAAUAUGUUCUUCAUCAAAGGAGAUAUGGAUUCCUUGGCUUUUGGAGGAGGAGGGGGUGAAUUCGGGCUGUGGUUGGAUGGCGACCUCUAUCAUGGCAGAACUCACUCAUGUAAGACCUUUGGAAAUCCAAUGCUCUCGAAAACAGAGGACUUCUAUGUGCAGGACAUUGAAAUAUGGGCCUUUGAAUAACACCCCCCACACCACCCCCAGCUCACAGACUCAGCGCACAAUAAAGCGGGGUUAUAAGGCCACAUCACCGAACCCUCAUAACUGAUUGUACACCCUCCACUUGGCUCCUAAGAAGCCCUGAUAGAGGCAGAGCAGAUACACAGCGUACACUGUCCUUCAUUUCUGGUAAACGGUCAGCAUGGGUGAGUGUUCUUCGCUGUUGGCCCGAUGAAAGUUUCUUUACCCAUUUGCAGCCCAUUUUGCAGGUCCUCCAGUUUUGAGGAUAAGGAAGGGCGCUAAUGGCUUUUCCAGAAUGUUAUAGAACUUUCCAAAAGAAAUGUAGCUCCAGACUUCCCCAGGAGUCGUAAAACAACAGGUUUUCAGUCCUACUGCUUUCAUCAACCGUAGCAUUGCGUCCGUUUCAAGCACUUUAAAUAUCUAACCUCAGAAUCCUGUUAUUCAUCUGUCUGUGCGCUCACACAGGCUCUAUAUACUCAAAAGCCACUACUUAAUGUAAUAUUCAGUACCGUGUCGCUGUAAAAAUGUGAAGUAACAUGCAAAUUCACGUGUGGUGCCCUUUUCAUGUCCAUAUGCUUUUCUGCAAGUCCUUCCUUUGUCUUUUAGGAAGCCAUUUUGCUGGGGUGGGGCAUCUGAAGGAGUAUAUAUACAUAUAUAAAUACGUAUAGCAAUUAUAUAUUUAUACCUUUAUUAGUGUACUGUGUACAUAACUACUUCCUAUAUUGCUGUUAUGUGUGACAGUGAUAUGGUUUGCUCUGCUUUCCUUGUAAAUUUGUUCCAAUAAAUACAUUUCUAUAUGCACACGACAUUAACACUCAACCCAAGGUGAACGCGGAGUUUUCGUCAGGUAACCCGUCUCUUGAGACCGGCUCUUCUUAUCAACGGUAACCUGGGAACCGUAUAUAAGGUGACCUGUGCGUUCGAGGCUGAUGAAAUGACUGGUGCAACCAGAGCCAGACUCCAGGGGCUUAAGAAUGACUGCUGUCAGCGAUCACAGAGAACGCCUCUUACUGCAAUAUUUAUUAAGAGGCACAUCGAAGUUGUCGGAAAAACUGUGAAAGUUGAUGGGAAAUUGGCUCUUUUAACAGUGUUGUGAUUUGAAGUUUAAGCCAAGAGAUGGCAGUUUCCCAUUGUGGCCAGCUGAAAACAUGCCCAAACAUUUGACCCGACCGCGAGCGUCUGUUGUCGGAGCGGACGUCUUGCUGUGAAGGUCUGAUGCUCUCUGCAUGCCGUGAGAUCGUGGAGCCGAAAGACUUGGACGCCCUUCUGGGGCCAACUGCACAUUCCUGGUCUUCCAGUAUUUGAUGCCCGCAUAGAAGCUAAAAGAAAUGUCAUUAAUCAAUCCUCUCGAAGAUCCCUGACGGCUUAUGUAUCAAUGUAUUAAUCACAAUAAAAUCUAUGUAAUAA